AGGCGCAUAACGGGGAUAACUUUGGAAACAGACGAGGAUAUAAAAACCUGUGUUGAAUCCGAAACCUUGGAUUUUAAAAACACAUUUAAAUGUGAAAAUCAUUCACGAAACAGUUUGGCUUCAUGGACGAUUCGCUUUAGCCUCGUCGCUCUCUUACUUCGUUUAACAUUACUGUCGCCAAGUAUGCAUAUGAGACAAUUUUUAAUACAGUCUGUGGCAAGCUCAAAAGAUCAACGACACGAGGUAAGGCUGUGGCAGCCCAAGUGACGUGCCAUGGGUUACGACACUUGCCGCUUCCAUGGGCACGUGGAUGAGGACCUGUUGUGCCCCAUCUGCAGCGGGGUGCUGGAGGAGCCCGUGCAGGCCAGCGACUGCGAGCACGCCUUCUGCAACGCCUGCAUCAGCCAAUGGAUCGCGCAGCAGAGCACCUGCCCCGUGGAUCGCUCCCAGGUCACGCUGGCGCACCUGCGGCCCGUGCCCCGCAUCAUGCGCAACAUGCUGUCCAAGCUGCAGCUGACCUGCGACAAUAGUGCCUUCGGCUGCACGGCCGUGCUGCGGCUCAGCCAGCUGCCCUCGCACCUCAGGGAGUGCCAGCACAACCCCAAGCGGCCCGUCAUGUGCGAGCGCGGCUGUGGGCUGGAAAUCCCCAAGGAUGAGUUGGCAGAACACAACUGCGUGGGACACUUGCGUUCGCUGGUGCAGCAUCAGCAGGGGAAGAUUGCAGAGCUGGAGAAAAUGGCCACCGAACACAAACACCAGCUGGCCGAACAGAAACGGGAUAUCCAGCUACUGAAGGCCUACAUGCGAGCCAUACGCACGACAAACCCCAGCCUACAGAACCUGGAGGAGACCAUAGAGUACAACGAGAUUGUGGAGUGGGUGGGCUCAUUGCAGCCGGCGCGCGUGACCCGCUGGGGGGGCAUGAUCUCCACGCCCGACGCCGUCCUGCAGGCCGUCAUCCGACGCUCGCUACUGGACAGCGGCUGCCCGCCCUCCAUCGUGUCAGACCUGAUCGAGAACGCGCACGAGCGCAACUGGCCCAGCGGCCUGGCCACGCUCGAGACGCGGCAGAUGAACCGCCGCUACUACGAACUGUACGUGGCCAAGCGCAUACCGGGCAAGCAGGCCGUGGUGGUGCUGGCCUGCGAGAACCAGCACAUGGCCGAAGACAUGAUCCUGGAGCCGGGACUGGUGAUGAUAUUCGCCCACGGGGUGGAGGACAUUUUAUAGUAGUCAGGGUGCGACACCGUUACACAAAUCAUCCUUUGGGUGCUGGAGAUGAAAUGUAGGGUUUAACCUGUGUCAGACAGAUUGAAGUGGAGAGACUUUAUUGCUGCCCUGAGCGCUGAAAAGGCGUGAUGGGGGUUAAGUAAGUAAGAAGUAACCUGUGUCAGGAGAAAGGGAGAUCUUGAAGGGACUGUCUGUCUGGCCAUAAUGUACUCAGCCGAUCAUGUACAGUAGUUGAGCUUUGUGUGGUGCUGUGAAGAAGUCUUGGUGUGGUGUAACGGCAUUUUGCAGCAUGCCCCAGGAUCUGCAUUGUCAGCAGCACCGCGAGAAAUUACUGACACAAAAAGGUUUUUUUGCCUCUCAUCAGGUUUGGACUGGGUGGCAGAAAGACUAAUGGUUUGCAAAGUGUGAGCUGUUGGUAGAGUGGACUGGUGUGAAAUGAAGAAUGAACUGAUGACUCACUAACACCCAGAAAAACGCAAAUGCACACGCACACAGUUACUCAGACCGUACUGCAUUUCUCUGUAAGGGUUUGCACCUUAUGCACCCUGACACACAACUGACAAUACACACAUCACAGUGCUGUAUAGAAAUCCAGAGUGUUGGAGCAUUUUGAAAGCUGCUGUCGCCAUGGUCACGGUGAUCUCAAAGAGCUUUUGUCGCCUCACGGGAAAUGCAGCUGCACUGCUAACUUUAGAAUACCUCACAUAUCUCUCUCACUACUUUCCUCUGUGGGCUGGCAAAAACGAACAAAAUGUGCAAUGUUUCUUGACUGGACAGUUUAUUCCAAUGGUCUGCAUUUUGUUAACAAUGGGUCAAGGGUAGACACAGCAUCUCCAAUGGGGUUCAGAGUUGGGGCAGCAGGGUGAAAAGGCACUGUUUUUGACCCAGGAUCUGGAGCUGUCUUUAAACAAAAGAGCUUCAUUGGGCCUACUGGUAAUCAUUUAUCAACGGUUUCAUUUUCAUAGCCUGUAAAAGGUUAAGGGUCUGUACCUGAGAAUGAAAGAAUUGUCAGAGAAAUGUCUACAUUUUACUGGCUUUGAAAAUGAAACGUUUCACGUAUGGAGCUGAUCUUCCUAAAGCUAUUCUCAAACUACACUACUGUCUGCUUGAUUCUGGGCUGCAAACCCCCCUUACGACAAUCGGUGGAAUGUUACCCCACAGGACCGUCGCAAGUGAUUGUCGGGCAAAAUUUCCUCAUUGUGUACGGCGUUCUCAGAUAGAACUUUGGCAGCUCAAAUAGUCGCCAAUCACAAAUUGUAGGAAUCAAACACUGUUUGAUAUUUGCGACUGAAAAUAGAACUUCGGGCAUUGUCUUGGGUGGUCACGAUCAGGGAUAAGAUUGACAGAUGCGAUUCUCUUCUUGUGUGCGGCGCAACCCGACUUAAAAAUCCAACACAAAAUCGUGAGUCGUGUAGUUUGAGCCUGGCUUUAGACCUCAGCUCCAAGGCAGUGUAUUCUGAGCCUCACUGUAGAUGAGCUCAACCUGAUACCUUUUUCCUGCCUCAGUGUUUUAAUAUCUCAUUAUUAUUAUUAUGACUAUUAUUAUGCUAUUUUAUUUUACUAAAUGUUUUCAUGUUUUAAAAAAGAAAACCUUCUGUGAAGUGCAGUAAGAUCUACGUGUUCAUUGUGAGAGCUAACUGAAUGAAACCCUUUAAGCAAUAUAUUGAUCUAUGAACUUGCAUACCACUCUACACACUUCAGCAGUGUAGAUCGUAUUAUAAGGAACAGUGAUAUUGUCAGGGCUGUUGUUCUAUUUUGUUAAUGGCUUGUUUGUUAAUGGAUUUGAGAUUUGUUUUUUUUUCCUUUUGUUGCUUCCGUUUAAGUGUCCUAAGAGUGUAAUGGUAAAUGUAUGUAUUAUGCAUGAUCAAUGAAUGUGGCUUUUAAAAUUGGCUCUCAGGAAGGAACGGGUCACAUUACGGAGAUGUUUCUUGUUCUGGUUGUUUACUUCUUUUCCUGUUUUGUUUGAGUGCUUUGACUGCAUUCUGUAUUAUUAUAAUUAUGUGUUAUUUUUCUGCUCUGUGACAGUGUUGCAAGUUGUAUGCAGAAUAUUUCAUGUCUGUGUACCUAUUGAAGAAGAGAGUUCAUGUUAACACUGAA